CGCAUCGAUGAGAGUAUGCAGCAUAACGGAGAACUUCCCUCUUUAAACUCUUGGCCAUCAAGGAUAAAAAGUUCUUUACUGGAGUUUCCAUGAAGGUCCCGCGAACAUGUGGCUUCAUGUCACAGCGUAUAAGUCCGUGGAGUGACGCCCUGAACCAAUCUACGAUAGCCUAUGUCGCCUUCCAGUCUCAACAUUAUUGCGGCCAAGUUCUCAGAUAUUUCCAAACUUGUUUAUACUUUCGAACGCUUAUAGUCUGUUCAUUCAAUUGCUCGCAAUGGGCUCGGUCCCGGAAAGUCUUCCUCAUGGCGUCACAGUCGACAUGGCAACUCAGCCCAGCAACCCAAAAGACGUGACAACCUUGCUGAACAACAUCGCCACUUUGGGCGCAUCCUUCUCUUCAGACAAUUACCAGAAACGGCUCGAUCUCUUGAAGCAGGCUCGGCUACUGGUCCAGGCUCUAGAAACGCCUAGAGAGACCAUGAUAAAGCAACUGUGGGCACAGCCGGCCACCGGCUGCGCCAUUGCGUUCGGAGUUGAGUCGGGCCUCUUCAAAUUCAUGGCCAGAAACCCAGGGCCAAAAGCUGUAACUCAGCUCGCUGCGGAGCUCGACUUUGACAAAGACCUGCUGGCGCGCUCGAUGCGACAUCUGGCGUCGACAGGAUACCUACGUGAGACCGGCGUUGACGAGUACGAGACGAACAACUUUUCAAAAUCGCUUACUCUUCCUAUAAUUGGCAGCGCAUACUCUUGCGUAGUCGGCGGCGUAUGGCCUACGUUUUGCAACUUCCCCACGUAUCUCAAGAAGAACGGGCGGAAAAUCACACCAGAUAUAGGUCCUCUACAAGACGCCAUCGGCAGCAACAAGGACUUCUUCACGCACAUCAUGGAAAAGUACCCCGCCGGCGAGUUUCAACAGUUUAUGAAGGGAUACGGCCAGGGACGGAGACUAUGGAUGGAUCCCGAUUUCUAUCCGGUCAUCGACCGCCUCGUCAACGGCGCAGAUACCACCUCACCGGACGCGGCGUUCAUCGUCGACAUUGGAGGUGGUAUCGGUCACGACCUAGACGAACUCUGUCGCAAGCAACCUGCCGCGCCGGGUCGACAUAUCCUACAAGACCUCCCACACGUUCUCUCACAGGCGCAAGUCCAGGACCUCGAUCCCAAGAUUGAGCUUAUGCCGUAUGAUUUCUAUACCGAGCAACCAGUCAAGGGGGCGAGGGCGUAUUAUCUCCAUUCGGUACUACAUGACUGGACGAACGAGGUCUGCGAGAGUAUUCUUGCGCGGGUUAAAGCUGCGAUGAGGGCAGGGUAUAGUAGGCUCUUGAUCAACGAGAACGUUAUACCUUCCAAGGGCGCAGAUUGGCAGGUCACGGCGCUCGAUAUGGUUAUGAUGACUGUUUUUGCGUCGAGGGAGAGGACGGAGGAGGAGUGGUAUCAGUUGCUGGAAGGAGCUGCUGGGUUGAGGAUUGUCAAGAUCUGGUCUAGGGGGGAGGGGUCUGAGUCGCUUAUUGAGUGUGAGUUGGCGUGAGGAUAGGUGAGGCAUGGGAAUGAUCUACGUGAUUUGGGUUCUACAUUGUUCUUUGAAGGUAAACCUCAAGUUUCAUCUAAGCCUGUAGAUCACCCAUGCCCUCCCCAAGGAUGGAGUGAUUUAGAGUAGAAACUGAGGACCUCAUUGCCUCACAAUUAGCAUUUAUUUUAUCUACACGCAAGCGAAAAACACUGUAUACUAUGAAGCUUCAAAACCCGAGGAGUGAGAUAAGUACUCAAGUAUGGCCCAGACCACUCGGAUGUUCGAGGUUCAAAAGAUCAAUCUCACCACCCUGG